AUCACAAUAUAGCCUAUCAUGCGUCACGAGGUACAAAGAGUCUGCAAGUCUCUAUUCCAACCAAAAAAACAACUGGUUGUGUUGUUUUUCCAUUGCAUGUUUGAGUCCUCCUCCCCGAAUCCCCUGAAGUCAGUGUGGAGUUCAGCUUACUCCCAGUACUGUUUGGUUUCGUUUCUCGUGAAACAGGCACAUACUGUAGUUAAUAACGCUAGACACAGACACCAAAGCAGCACAACUGUUGCGCUUCAUCUUGAGCACAUCAAGAUGGAGGCGAUUUUCAACCUACUUGAGAAGCACAGACUCCAGUCUUACUACAACAAGUUUCUCCAGUUAGGAGUGAAAGAUGAAAGAGAUUUCAUUGAUGGUGUAACAGAUGAGGACUUAAACAACCUUGGACUCAGUCAAGUGGAAAAAAAUCGCUUUUCUCAAAUGAAAAUCACCAUUGGAAGACUCAGAGCUCCAGGACACCCAGCUGCAAUGGCUGUGCAAAAGUCAACACAGUCAUUCUCUCUGCAGUACACGUACCCCAAAUGUCCUGAACCGAAACACAUCAAAGAUAUGGAUCCAGCACAAAACACAGUUGAAGACCUGAUGUUGAGGAUCUGUCACCUUGAAAGUAUUGGUGCGUCCAAAGGUGUCUGUCUCUACACAGUGGACGGGAUGCCCUUGACUGAUGAUCCCUUCUUCAACACAUGGUCCUUACAGGACAGACAUAUUAAGAGUGGAGAUGUAAUCUAUGCCAUAUUUACACCAAAGGAGAACCUGAUUACAGCUCCUCAAAAUGCAACAAGACUUGUUGGACGGGUUACUGAAACCUACAGUGUGGAUACAGUGCGGUGUCAUGUCAUGUUCAAGGGAGACUUCGAGGUGAAGGUGAACUUGACAACUGACACAAUAGCUAAUUUGAAGAACAAGCUUGCAAAUGAAAGUGGAAUCCCAGCACAUGUUCUUCAUUACAAAGGUGGAGAUAGCAGUGGCAACACAUUGGAAAGUUGUGGAAUCUCAGAGGAGUCAACAGUUCACUUCUCACUGUCCACAUUUGCUGAGGAGAUUCCAAACACCAACGAAUUCUUCAGUAAUGAUGUUGUGCCCUCCGUGCAACAAACUCCCAAAGGAAUCAGUGUCUUCUUGUCGUCACUUUAUGUCAUCAAACAAAAACCUUCGGGGCUUUCGUUCACGAAUUUGAUUGGCUACAUACGAAAACUAAGCGGAUGUAACCCUCUGGCCCAGAGUUUGCAUCAGUUACUCUUGAAGAAUGAAUUCCUAUCCAGGACUCAAAAGAUUGCAGUGGUUGAAGGCUUGUACACACUCUUUAGAGAGCUUUUGCCAAAGCUUGGAUCAAAACGAGGGGAAAAGAUCAUUGAGGACCUUGAUGUCUUCGAGAAUUCCACAUACUGCUGGGCAUAUCUCAUGGCAGAGGCAAAGAAAGAGAGCGCAGAACAUGAGGACUAUGCACCAGUUUCUCUGAUGUCUGAAGACAACAAGCGUUUCUGUGAACCAGUCACUGUACCUGGAGUUCCAGGUACCCUAGAAAGAGCGCAUGUGCUGCAGAAAAUCAAAGAUGAAGAGAAGAUUCCAAACUGUACUGAAGAGGUUUUGCGAGAAACGUCACUCAAGAGAGCCACUGACAUUGAGAAGAUUUUGCUCAGUGUUCAUCCUUCAGUCAGAACAUACCAUCUUUGGAUUUAUCAUGCCAUCGUGACUGGUCAGAACUUUCACAUAAAUACUGAGAAGACUUUUGGAAGCAUGGCAGAGGAACUGGAAGCUUUCCCUCUACUCAGUGUGACUCCACCACUGCGUUUGAAGGAGCUAGGAUUAGACGACGCGUGUCUUGUUUUCUUGAGCGCAGACAACCUUGGUGUUUAUCUAGGAAAAAAUAAGGCAUCACCUGCAAUAAUUGUGGUGCAUGAUUGUCUGGCUGGUAAAGUCAAAGAUGUGGAUGUGGAUGUACUGGCAGCACAAACUGGUGACCAUAGGGAUGACCAAUCCUUUCUCACAACCAGGACUCCAAAAGAAGCUAUUCUGGUGCUCAUCGAUACGAGCUCAUCCAUGGCUGAGAAAUGCUAUGGAAGUGUGGAAAUACAGAGAAUCCAUGCUGUAAAAGAGCUUUUUGACAACUUUGCAACACGGAGCAUGGCUUAUGAUUUCCAUCAUGUCAUUGGACUUGUGAAGUUUGACUCUACAGUGACAACACUCCACACAUUUACAGAAACGCUUGAAAAGUUCAAGGAACAUGUGCACACUCUUAAGGCAACUGGACAGACAAGGCUGUAUGAUGCACUACAGCAUGGUAUGCUGGAGUUGGACAAAGUAAAGAAGAAGUUUCCAGACUGUAGACUUCGCAUUCUGUGUCUCACAGAUGGAAAUGAUUAUGGAUCCUCAAACAAGGCAGCUACAGUUGCAGUCAACUUGAUAAAAUCUGACAUCAUAGUGGAUUCCAUUCUUCUGGGAGAAGUGGGGAACAAUAUUCUGCAUGGAAUCAGCAAUGCAACAGGGGGUUGCUGUUUUAAACCAAUGACAAGCAAAGAUGGUCUCAAGCUUUUUGAGAUUGAGACUGUUCUUUCUUUGGAGAUGAGGAAACCAAAAAACAAAGCUGACCCCUCCUCCAUCACUAAGAGUUUUUUAUCUGGGUUCUUUGCCAGUCAUGGAUAUGAUGAAUUCCCUGAGGCUGCCUUACCAAGCCAGAUAAACAGCAAAGUGACAGUGACACACUGUGCACUGAAAAAGAGGAUUCUGGAGGCCAAAGAUGGGCGUUUCAUGGAGAAGGACAAACGUAUCCUGGAGGAGCUGAAGAGCCUGCAUUGUCAUCCACAUCCCUUCUUUACGGUCUUUCCAUCAGAAUCCGACCUCACAUUCUGGAAGAUUCUCAUGGAGGGCCCUCCUGACACGCCUUAUGAGAAAGGAGUGUUUGAGCUGUUCUGCCAGUUUGGUCCUGACUACCCAGUGAAGCCUCCACUUGUUCGCUUCGUCACACGUAUGUACCACUGCAACAUUAACAGUGUGGGGCGCAUCUGCCACAACAUCUUUGACCGCAACUACAAUGCCCAAAUCACCAUGAGAGAUAUCUUCGAUGCUGUGUAUGGACUGCUCAUCAUCCCUGAGCCGGAAGAUCCAUUGGAUAGCAUUUUGGCAGAGGAAUUCAUGACCAACCGUGAGACAUAUGACCAAGAAGCCAAAAAACACACGGAGGAAACUGCCGGGCAAUCACUGGAUGAUAUGGAGAAGAAAUUGGUGGAACCUGUAGAACAACCUGUGUUUGUACCUGAACAUCUCCUCUGUCCACUCACCAAGAAGAUAUUUGUUGAUCCCGUGAGAACAAAAUAUGGAACAGUGUAUGAACGGAAGGCCAUUGAAAAACACCUAAAAAUAUACAAAUAUGAUCCACUGGCUGGCAAACAAACCAUGCUCAGAAGAACUGAUCUGAAACCAUACCCAGACAUGAAGAAAAUGGUGACAGAUUAUCGUCGUAGUCAAAUUCAGGAAACCAGUGUGUAGCAGAAAGAUGGAGCUGCUAUUGUGCUAGUAAAUACAAUAUGCCAAUAGGAACGAUGGAAAUAAGUCAGCUAUUGCAUUAAGUGCAGAUUCAUGUUAUUCAUUAAUCACAUUGUCAUAGUUAUGUUUGUUCAUUUAUAAAUGUAAAUGCAUUCCUUUACUUAUUUUGCUAAUAGCCUAUUACUUUGAGUAAAUAUACAAGAUAUAUAUAUUAAUACCCAUACUUUGAGUAAAUAUACAAGAAUGAUACAUUUGUGACAAACUCCUACAGUAUGUCCCACACCUAUUAGAAAUAUAGAAAAUUAAACCUUCUACUUGUCCUUAAGAUAUCCUUCCUAUAAAAUGUCUAAAAGAAGUUUUUAAUACAGUUGCCACACAGUGUUUUAUUCUGCAAAUUUUAAACCACUCUGCGUCAACAGGUUCAGUUCCUAAAUUUUUUAAAAGAGCUCUUGUUUAACCACUUUUUAAAAAGCCGUCUCUUAAUUCCUCUGAUCCUAACAAUUUUAGGCCAAUUUCUAGCAGAUCUACUGCUAGCUUUUAUUCAUGAAAAAAUUAUCUUUUCAGAAAUUUCAUUCCAGUUUUGGAAAAAAACCAUAGUACUGAAAUUGCUCUUCUUAAGGUCAUAAAUGACUUAUUGCUGUCAGCAGAUGCUUGCCAUCAAUCCAUUCUCUUUCUCCUGGAUCUAGCCUUUGAUACCAGUGACCAUGAUAUCCUUUUGGACCUUCUUGAAACCUUGGUCGGUAUCAAUGGCACCGCUCUCCAGUGGUUCAGGUCUUACAUAAAAGACAAGCAUUUCUGAAUUGGUAUCACUAAUUCCAGGUCAACUGCAACAGGUUCAGUACUUGGCCCCAUCCUCUUUUCCAUUUACAUGCUCCCUUUAGGUCACCUUACAUAUAAACAUAAUAUAAGUUUCCAUUAUUACGCAGACGAUACUCAGAUCUAUCUAAGCUGUAACCCUGCGAACAACUAUCAGAACACUGUCAACCUGCAAAACUGCCUUCAUGACAUCAUCCAUGAGUGGAUGUCACAAAACUUCCUGCAGCUAAAUACUGAUAAAACAGAAAUACUGAUCAUAGGUCAAGAUAGUGCAAAUACCCAAAUAUCAAAUAGUCUUGGAUCAUUGUCCUAUUCAGUGACUCAGCAUUGCAGAAAUCUCAAAACCUCAGCUUAGACAGUGAUAUUAAAUCAAUCAAUCCUGCUUUCUGCAUCUCAGAAACAUUUCAAGGAUUAGACCAUUUCUUUCUGCCAAAAAUCUGGAAACUGUCAUCCAUGUCUCCAUUACCAAUCAAUUGGACUACUGUAAUUCCUUGCUCUCUGGCAUCAGUAAAAAUCUCCGCCUCCAGCUCAUCCAAAACUCUGCUGCCAGGAUUUUAAGCAGGACAAGGAAACAUGAUCGCACAAUCCUGGCCUUCCUACAUAGGCUUGCUCUUUGAAUUGAUUUCAAAAUUUUAUUGAUUGCUUAAAACUUGAGGCCUCACCUCAAGUUUUAUAUCAGACUUCUUAAUGCCCUAUGUCCCUUCCCGCUCCCUGAGGUCCUCGGAUGUGUCUUCUCUUGUUGUUCCAAGGUCCAGAGUCUGUUUCGUCUUUUAAAUCACUUUUAAAACCCUCUGUGUUUUAUAAUG